AACGAGAGUCGUCCUUUAACUCGGCGUAUGUCCAAAACAACAUGAAACUCUUCUACCUGUGAAAUUUUAACUAUUCUGAGGAAAUUUGCUGUUACUUCCUGGGUCUUUCAGAUUAAACACGUUGCUUGGCGGUGGAGAGCAGUCUGGCCCGAUUCUAAAAGUAGAUUUUUCGUUGGUUGGUAGAUUAGUAUGUUAACCAAAUUGAAGAAAAACGUUGUCAGUGUUAUUUUAUGACAAAUUUGAAAAAAAGUAAAAAGUAAGAUAUUUUUAAAUUAGCACAUAUUUUUAAGAGAUUCGGUGUGAAGUUCUCGCCAUUAAAAAAGACCAAAACGCAACAGUAACAGCUGAAUGGAAGAGAUGAGCAUCUCCAGGCAGAGAGCCAGAGAUCUAGUGACCGCCUAUGAUCACAGUUUGGAGCAGCAAAUUGUGGGACAAGGCUCUAACCUGGCGUGUAGAGACGAGGAGCUAUGGAAGCAGGUGGAGGGGCUACUGAGGGACGGAGAUGCUCAGGAGACACACUGCCUUGGUCUGGAUCCACUGAGGGUGAUGGAGGAGUCGCUCAAAGCAGCAGCAGCAGCAGCAGCAGCAGCAACAACAGCCAGCGCUGGGCGAGUCCAAGCCAGAGGAGGGCUGCAAGGCCUGGCUAAAGCCUUUGAGGUCCUGGAGCAAGUGGCCCUGAACCUCUACCUCGGACCCUGGAGGGAGGAGUACAAAGUAGUCAAGAUGUACUCCGGUAUGUUCACCCACUAUAUCAAACCAGUUCUGUCCAUGCCACAGAUUGAGAAACUGUUCGGCCUGCUAGGAUACCAGCCCAGCUCGCCUCGGCAUGAGCAGCUUUGUCUCCAGGUGCCCAGAGUUAGUCCUGCCUUUCUGGAUGACCUCCUCCGCUUAUCAUGUGCCUUUUUCCUGGCCCGCUGUGAGUGUCGCCUCCUUCUGACGGCUUUGGGGAAGCACUUUGGCGAGGCCCAGUGGGAGCUGAAUUUGGUGAGGGAGAGGCACAGAGGAAACAGCCUACAGGUCGCCCUGGACAACACCAAGAAGAUGCUGGAAGUCAGCCAGGCUCUGAUGGAGCCGUUUGGAGAAGUGGAGGUGGAUCUGUACACAGAUGAUCAGGUUAAUGCGCGGCACAAGCAAGCGGUUGUCAAUGACGCCGAGAGUCCCCGCUCUUUGACCUGGGUGACUCAAAGCAGUGCAUCAGUCCCUGCUGUCAAAACACACAGCAACGGAGUGACAUCCUUGUCCUCCUCAUCCACCUCCCCGUCCACCAGAGUCUGCAUCUCUACACUCAACUGCCAUCUGAACAAGAUGUCACCACCGGACGUCACCACUGAGGAGCUUCUGGACACUACCAGAAGCUCCUCAGCCAGCACGAGGAAAGACAGACGUCCCUGUAAAGAGUCGAGGUUUGACGAAGCGGACUCACAGUCACGCAGUCUGCAGGCAAAAGGGCUUUGCAAGAGUGAGGCUGAAGCCCACCACUUUUGCAGCUGUGUCAAAUCUCAGCAUCUUUGUCUUAAACUCUGUAUUCAGUGCAACACCUUGCACUGUAUCACCUGUGUCUUGCUUAAGCAUUGCCUCACGGAGAGCCACUGUGUGGUAUUCUAUGACAAUACAACAGAAAAGAUGGAAGAAUUCAGAGCAGUGUCACCACAGGGUGCAAGCCUCGGAGUGAGUGGUAGGAGUGCAUCACCAGCUCUCACCAGCAGCAACGCAGCAAUGUCCUCCUUAGCUCUGUGUGAUGACCCUGAAUCAAUAAUUUCAUCUCUUCAUCCAAUCACCUACCAUGACUGCUGCGACCUUGCUCAUUUGGACCCUCAGCUUCUGUGUCUCAGCUGCAGUGUCUUCCACUCUGGUUCCUGCAGAGGGAUAGACUUCUGCCAAAGUCACCACAUGGUCAAGCCACUGGGAGUGUGCUCCUGUGGGAAGGCAUGUUCCAGAAAGCCUCUGGUUCUGUGCAGAUAUUGUGGAAAUGAGUAUUGUAGGGAUUGUUGGUACAGAAGUCCUGUUGUAUGUACCUGUGGCCAAACUUUUGACCAGUCAUCCUCUGUGUGAACCGUAUUUGAAAAGUAUUGCAUUAAUGAGGCACAACUAGCAAAAUCACAGUGCCUUAAAUCUGUGUACUGGAAACUGAAUUAGUUUCUUGACACAGUACUGAAAUGCAGUAUUAAGUGUGCUCCAGUAUUUCUAUUUUGAUCCUCUUUCUGAGACUCAUUACUCUGUAAUCCAGUUAUUCUGUAAGUAAUUUACCAUUAUCAACAUUUUUCAAAUAUUAUGUAUUGUUGAUACUUGAAGUCGUGAUUACAGUUUGUGCUCUUGGGUCACUUAAAUGUAAUUUAGUGUGAAGCACAUGGAAGUCUGUUUUCAUCUGUAUUUGCUGCCUGCUAACAGACUGGAGUAAAAAGGGUCAAUAUGCCA